GCUAGGAAAGGCCGAACUUUCGCGCGUUUGCUCCCGCGGGUUGUUGAUCUACAUCGGCGUGGAGGAAGAACCUCGAGGUAGAGAUUAGAGACGCGGAUUAAGAAGCGCAGAGCGUGUGUUCUGAGUUGAGUUGAUUCGUUACUGCACUGCUGAGUCGUGUUCUGGAACAAGGGGGGGAAACGGACGCGUAACUGUAAAGAGAGCUUGAGCUUGAGCCUAGAGUGACAUCAAACGGAGUUCGCGCAGCAGUGUUGAGCUGGGUUCUGGUGAAUCCAAUUAUGAUUGGCAUCAAACAAAGAAGAAGCUGUGCACAACACCUUGAGUAACUCAGUGGAGAUCAAAGGGCGCCUCCAGGGAAGGUCGUAACAAGCAGUGAAGUGGUAAUAUGCCCGGAGGUUUUCUGCUCGUCCGAGAGGAGAGCUUGUUAGGGGUAAAGUGUCAUCAUCGCCGUUGAUGGGCAGCAUCCACCGGAAGUGACUGUGACAUCUCUUCUCUUCGCUGGGAAAUGAAUAACUCGCUCUGUGUGUUUUGAGUGAGUUUUGUGUUGAGCAGUGAAUGACGCCAAAGAAAGUAAUUCAAGUGGCAACAGGAAAAUGAUUUGAAUAUUGCACCAGAGGGAGCGAGGUGUGAGGCUUUCCACGUGAAAAGUGUGCUUUGAAGAGGAGUUGAAGAGAGUGGGUGGCAGCAAAAAGUGACACACAUCACACGACAACCCCCCGUUCGAAAAGAAGUGGCAGCUCUACGAGGAGGAGGAGAAAAGCUUCCGACACGCAAGACACCGUGCUUUAUGGAGACGACGAGUGCUGGAAAAGCGAAAUCUUUACAUCACCUGGAGCUAUCAACCUCUCGAGGGAUUUAAUUACGGAGUAGGUGGAAGUAAGUGGUGUGGAAAACGGAAAAUCGCUUCGGCAGCGCGUACGGCACAAAAGUGAAAAAUCAUCGAACAUGUGGACCUCCCCGGCGCUCCACGUGGUACGGCCCGCAAGAGUGCACUAAAAGCUUGGUUGUUUUUUUUUGUUCAGUUUUGCCCAGUUUUUGCGCGAGUUCAUCGCAGUUUAACCUAGUGAAAGUGAAGUGUUCGAGUUUAAAGUUCAACGCAAGAGGAGCAAUGUGUGAUUUGAAAAUUUGGCUUGGACCGCCCGAAACGGGGUCGGUGAGUCCGGUUUGAAAAGUGAGCAAAAUAUAGCAAAAAAAUAAAUAGAAUACAGCAAAAACACACAGAACACAUUCGUCAUACUUGAUUUAGCUAGGCGAGAGAGGGGGAGUCAUUUUUCAGCCGGAAGCUGAACUGUUUUUCACCACUUUCCGAAGCAGCAGUUUGGGCAGUGGGAGCGCCGGAAGGAAGCAAAAACCGAAAGUUGAACUGUUUGGCGGAAAAAAAGUAUUUGGAAGCAAAAAAAGAGAGAACGAACCCGGCAGCCACCAUGGAAUCCAUCUACGGCACCAACAAGAACAAGUAUCUGCAGAGUCUGACCGCAGGAAGUGACUUUUACAGAUGUCCCAGCACAAUUAGACCGAUGGCGGCGGACUACUCGUCCUACCAGAACACCCUCGGCCGGCGGUCCAUCAUCGGCGGUGGCCUCGGCUCGGUCAUCGGUGGCCACGGAGGUGGCGGUGGCGGCGGCGGGACGGCCCCGUACACCCACAUGAGCAAGUACUCGUACCCGACGGACGUGAGCAUGAGCAGCCACUACGGGUACACCUCGUGGGGACUUUGGCGCGACAGCCGGAACCUGUCCUCGUCGAUGUACGGCAAGAAGCAGCAGCAGCAGAAGAACUUCCGGUCCGUGUCGAUCUUGCUGAUGACGGCGGCCUUCCUCGUGGUGCUGGCCGUGCUGUGCGUCGUCGGGCUGGCCUUCUACUUUAGUGCCUUCAAGGGGGAUCUAAGCGAGUCCAUCCUGGUGUUCGACUGCACGUUCCGCGUGACCCGCGGGGACAUCUACACGACCGGCCUGCGCACCAACUCGACGCCCGUGUUCCGCCAGAAGACGGCCUUCUACGAGCGGCUCGUCGGCACGUCGCUGGAGCAGAGCGGUCUCACCGUGUCCCGCACGGAAAUUAUGGACUUUGGCGACGGGCCAACGAUUGUGCUGAGCUUCCGGGUCUUUCUGGACAUGCGGAAGAUUAAAAUCACGAUUAACAACGUCGAGGAGCACAUCCGGCAGGCGAUUCUGAGCGAGCUGGCCAAUCCGCACUCGACCUUCAAGAACAUACGCGUGGAUCCGGACUCGAUAGAAAUCAAACGGCUGCUGGACCACGACGUGCUGAGGACGGCGUUUUUGACGAAGGAAGAGCCCUUCCCACCACCGUACAAAAUCUCGGAAGACCGCGUCGGACCGCCAGCUAAAAAGUCCGGCGUGAUAGAAAAAACCAUCCACAAGUUCACGCCCAAGGUGACGGUGUCGACCACUCCCUCAACGCCCCCGGCAAGCGAACCCAAGAGACAGCAGCAUCAGCCCCAGCAUCCGCAGUCCCAGUCCCAGGCGGUGGACGGUGAAUCUGACAUUGACAUGGAUAAUUUACCGGUCAUCCAGGGAUCGUUCGAGAUUACGAAAACAGACGCGGACAUCACGCAGAAGCGCAGCGGUGGAGGAGGAGGUACUUCCCCAGCAAUGUCAACGCUCAAGCCGUUUGCCGUUAGUCCGGCUCAGUUGAAGGUCCGCGGAGCGGACAAGAAGGCCCAAUCGGAAGAGAAAGUAACUCCGGUUCCACCUCCGUCAUCUUCGAUGCGUCCUGCCACGGCCAAAAUCGAGAAAACGGACAAGCAUGGUGCGACAACGAAGAAACUUAAAUCAACCAGCAGUCGGGGCACGGCCCGAAGGUCAUCGACUUCUACCUCAACGACGACGACGACCACGACUACGACAACUCCAGCUACGACUACGACUACGUCGACCACCCCCAGGACGACGAUUAGGAGUACGACGGGCAGUACUACGACGGAGUUUGAUUCGUUUGAGUACGACUUGGUGACGGACUACUCGAUUACGGACCGGAACGACACCCUGCUGGAGAACUUCCUGCAGGCCAUCAUCAACGAUAGUCUUCCGGAGGAGGUGGCGGUGGCGCAGAAACGGUUGGACGAGAACAUCCCGAAGCUGGACGUGAGUCUGUUCACGAGCGCCCCGAUCCUGGACAAGCAACCGUGGCAGCCGAUCCGGGCGACGGUGCCAAAGGAGAUUCCGGUGCACAAGUUUGUGGGGAACUCGGUGAAGCCGUUGCAGCCGACGCCACCCCGCCAGAAGAAGCCGACCCUGGCCGAGGAGAUCUUGUACCGGAGCAAGUACAGCGACAUCGAGAGUGCACUCUACACCGAAAGUCCUGCCGGGCAGGUAUACUACCAGAGUUACACGAACCCUAGCUUCGGUUCUUCGACGCUGGGAAUCGAACCACUAGGCGUGCUCGACGUGCGGCCGUACCCGCUGCCGGUGGACAAGAUCUCGCUGGGGCCGGUGCCGAACUUUAAGUACAUGACGCCGACGGCGAUCAGCGAGGGGGAGAAGGUGCUGAACCUGACGAUUGACGAGCAAAAGUUUGAACACUUGGGCGGUGGGGUGAUCGUGAAGAAGCCGGAAAACAAGACGACUCCGUACCGGACUACGACGGAGAGCAUGAAGACGAGCGUGAUUACGGUGACGCCGGUCUACGUGGAGGCGAGCAGCGAGAAUCUGGUGAACUCGACGGACGAGUACGUGGAGUACUACCAGGUUGACGGGUUGAACUACACGGAGACGACUACGGUGAUGGACGAGUACAACGAAACGAUGGAUUACGGCAUUGAGUCGCGGAUUGUUCCAGACGAAGAACUGUUCACCACCGAGGAGGUUGCAACGGUUUCCACCGCGAACGAAGCAGUGGAGAACUUCACCGAGCUGUCAUACGAAUUUGGAACGAGUGAAUCGCUGAUCACUACAACGGAACUCCCGCCGGAAGAACCCACCCCGAUCCCGACCACCGAAUUGUUCAUGACGGUCACGGAGACCACGACAACGGAGCAACCCCCAACAACAACCCCCUCGACAACGACAACAACAACAACGACCACCAGCAAGCGACCGACGACCUUCGUCGAGAUCGAAACGCUCAAGUACAGCCCGACGACGACCGGCGCACCCGCCACCGUCACCAUUCCCGAGCUGUUCCCGAUCAACAAGUGGGAGUUCGUGAACGGAUCGCGCGUAACCCCGAACGCACCCUCAACGCGCAAGGUGUUCAACGAAACGCUGCAAGCGUGGAUCGUUGAGAACGUGCAGCUAUCCACGACCGUGCCGAGUGUGCCGAUCGAAGACCUGCGCCGCAAAAACACCACCAACCUGCAGAACCUCUCGGUGAUCUUCGACACGCUGGCCUCCAAGCUGGGCAUCCAGACCGAGGGCACCAGCAAGGCUCCACCGUUCGCGUCACUAGCCAAAAUCAAGAACAAGAACUCGUCCAGCCGGCUGGAAGGAUCCACCACCAAGAAGCGAAACCGAACGACCACACGACCCAAGCGCAAGAAGAACAAGAACCGAACGACCACGACGACGACAACUUCAACUACGACCACAACCCAAGCCCCAACGACCACCACCACCACCACCAUCAAACCCAUCUACGACACCACCCCCCUCUCCAAGCUCAUCCCGACGGUCACCAACGAGGACUACCUGGGGGACAUCGUCCCCGUCAUGCUGGCCCCCGCCGGCCCCCCGGAAUUCUCCUCCGAGUACUACGUGGGCCAGGCCGAAGUCGAGGUGAUCGACCCGAACCACUACGACGAAAUGAUGCGCCAGCAGCAGCACCAGCACCCAACAACCUUGGCCACGUCGGCGGCGUUCGCCACCACCACCCCGAAGCCGGCCGCCCUCGUGACGCUGCUGCCGGCCAAGUCCAACUCGGGCAUCAAGCAUUUCCGGCCAAAGAUCGCGAAACUGCCGGCGCUGCAACCGUCCGCGCUCGUUUCGCUGGCGGCGGCCGCGGCUCGGCAGAAGCAAAAGUCGGCAGAGGAGGAGCAGGAGACGGGACGCAAAAUGAGCGCGACGGUAACAAAUGCAAAUGGCGGCAGCCGGGUUGCCAUCAGCGGUGAUUUUGGCGGAAGUGUUGCGGAGGAGGGGCGGGACAGUGGUCGGGAAGUUGGGGAGGAGAAGAAUAAUACCGUCGUGGAGGCGGUUGUGAGGGCGAGCAUGAGGUUUGAUGAGUGAGGGGGGAUGGAGAGGGAACGAUUCGGAGGUGCUCUGGUGACGCAAGCGCCAUUUUGAGAAAAACAAUGGGCCUAAGUGUAAACAAACAGUCUAUGCUGCUCUGGAAACAUCGGCUGACGAGAGCAGAAUAAAAUCCAUAUUAACUUUUCAAUAGGGCGAAAUUUCAGAUGCAAACAAGCAGCCUAUCCCUUUCUUACAAAACGUGAACUGUCACUAGAGCAAAUGCGAUAGACUGUUUGUUUACAUCUACGGGGAUUCGCCCUAUUGAAAAAUUAAUAAUAAGGAAAUGUUUGUUUACAGUUCCGUAGUAAAUUUUAAAUAGGGUGAAUCUUUGGAGGUAAACAAGCAGCCUAUCCCACUCACACUCAACGUGAACUGUCACUAGAAUAAGUGGAAGUUUGUUCACAAUUUAGUUUUGCCCAUUUGAAAGUAACUACGGAGUUUGUCUUUGACGCGUUAUAAUAAUUCAAUAGAGAUGUAAACAAAUAGUUUAUCCCACUUACACUAGGAAAUGUUUACAUUGAGUGUAGGUAAGAUUAGCUACUAGUUUACAUUCAAGGAAUCGCCCUAUUGAGAAUUGACAGUUUAAUGGGUUCAAGAUGAUGUACAACAUGUCAAACAUUGGUAACAAAAUGAUGUCAAAUGCGUGACUUUUGAUGUAAACAAGCUCAAUUCUUUUAUUUUCAUAAGUCUGUAGAAUCAAAAUUAAAUUUUGACGUUUCAAAACAACAACCUUUGUUAAGCGUCACAAAAUGGCGCCUUCAACCGCUGUUCGAACCAAAAUGGCGACUGCGUCGCGAGAUCACACCGUCGACCAGUAUGAAAAUGCGAUAUGUGAGGAUUUUAGCUGUACUUUUUGGUGUGUGCGAGGAACUACGGGCAAGUGAGAUGGGAACGAGUGAGAGUUCUGCAUGAAAGACGGAAGCGUGAAUGAGGCGGUGUUGGGUAACAAAAAAAAAUGGGAAACAGGAAAUAAACGACACGAGGACGAAUGCGAUCCUUGGUGGACUUGGAAAUAAAAUGUGAUUCGAUAUACUUACAUAAUGGCUAGAGAGAAUAGCCGGCAGGAAGAGCAUUCUCGGAAGCAUUAGGGUGGAUCUGAGAUUAGUAGGUUUUAAUAAGUUUAGUCUAGUGUAGUUUAGAGAAUUAUACGUACACGGUUUUAUAAACAAUUCUGGCUGUUUCCUUUGCAAUGUGAAAAUGGUAUCUAAAUGAUAAUACAAAAAAGACAUAUUUUUCUUUUAAAUUUCAGAACACUUUUAAAGUCUGCAAGUUCCUUGUAGACAAUUGAAGAAACCUCAAGGCCCUUUGAUAUUUUUUUAUAACAGCUUUAAACAAUUUGAACUUUUAAAAUAAAUAGUUUAAAAGUUUUAUAAAAAAAAACUAUGUAAAAUUGAGACUGACAAUGUUCAACAAAGAAUAGGCCAAACACUGCCCAUGCAAGUUUGAAAAAAAGUUUGUUAAUUUUUUUAAAUAAUGAUUUAAAAGUUUGUGGAAAAAAAUAAUUUAAAUACCGUGGUGACUUUGGUAGUCACUGAAUUGUUAACAAAUUUUAAAGGUGUGCACAGUUUAU